GAUCUCGCCUGGUCUCAUCCGAUCCGACUCCGUCCCUCCCAGCAUCUUCGGCUGGUCGCUCCCGUAAUCCCCAGCAUCUUUGGCUGGUCGUACCUCCCCAGAAACUUGUCUGGUCGCCAACAUUCCCAGAAUUUCGUCUGGUCUUAUCCGAUCCAAAUCCCAGAAACAUUGUCUGGUCUCCGCUCCCCAGAUUACCUCUGUCUGGUCGUUCACUCCGAGACACUCGGUCCCGCCGUUGCUAUUUCCUUCCAGAUAUCCAAUCUGCCGGUCCACCUCGGACACACCAUCUACUUGCUCCGCAUCGCCAGAAACUCCACUCGCGCCGCUCGUUAA